GGGGGUGCUAAUAAGGAGGAGCUUUAGAGGAUGGUGUUGAUACAAAUGGUAUGUAUCAGGUAUCAGAUCUAACAUAACGAUUUUAAAACACGUGAGGCUUGUGUAAUCUUGUGAUUCAACCUGCAAAUAUGACUAAUAAUCCUCAACACCUGUAACACCAGGAAUGGAAAACAUGAGCAGUUCAAUGGAUUAUAAUACAAAGCGGAAAUCCGAUGAUCCUGGCAGUGGUAAUGAGACCAGCCCUGCGCUGAAACGGCGGAAGGUUUUUGGACCAGUGCUGCCAUCAUCAUAUGGUCCUGAGGACGCCGAAACUGAACAGGGUGCUGAGAGUACCAGAACUGAUGGUCUCAGCCAGGAAGACGAAGACGAAGACGAAGAGGCUGAUGACGAUUAUGGUCCCAGCCUUCCCCCUUUACGUGGUGAUGUUACUGCAAAACCCAAUGAGGUCAAGAUGGACAACGGGUCACAUAUACAGUCAGGAAAGCCAGAUGCCCACAACAACAAUUCUCAGCGUGAUAUUUGGAUGUUGCGACCUCCAAGACCCUCGGAGUUGAGCUCGAGGCUUGAUCCGACUAGAUUGAAAAAUAGGAAGUUUCAAGGGGGACAAUCGCUCAGUUAUUCAGGGGAAGAAGUGGAUAUAGCUUGGACAGAAACUCCGCAGCAAAAGCUGAAGCGCUUGCAAGAUGAGGCCAUGGGGGUUUCGUCUCAACCUGUGCUCAGUCAUGAUAGAUCAAGUACUUCAAUGGCGUCGAAAAGCCCCCCGAGGCAGCAUUCUGUACUAAAAGAGCCUAUUCUGACGCCUUUCCAGAAUUCAUCAGAAGCGUCUGAAAGAUUGCUACCAUCCUCUACAAAUUCAUUGAUGUCCUCUUCCAAUGAUGACCCAAGUUGUCGUCCUUUCCGGUGGACAACGGAUAUGGCCUCGGCGCCAAAGCUGUCUACUCUACAACAUCAGAAACAAGUGGGUGAAACUGUCAACUUUGCUUCGAAAUUUACCAAAGGAAAAUAUCUGUAG